ACAUCCCGUUUUCACACGCAAUCAUAUUCAAUAAAUACAAGUCCUCAACUCUCAACGACCCCACCCUCCUUUUUAAGAUCGGACAACCCCAAUUCCUAACCCACCACCACCAAAAAAAGGUUAAUUUAAUUUGCCGAUCUAUCAAUUUCAAUGGCGAUUAGGUCCUCGACGAUCGCGGCGGCGGUGAUGACGGUGGCGGUGCUGUUGGCCGCUGGGAGAGUGGUGGAGGGGCAGUCGGACUGCGCCUCUAAGCUGAUUCCCUGCGUGGACUACUUGAACUCGACGAAACCCUCCAAGGAGUGCUGCGACGCCAUGAGCACUGUCAUAACAACUCAGCUUCCUUGUCUCUGCGGAUUGCUUAGAAACCCAGCCGCUAUCCCCGUCAAUAUCACUCAAGCUCUUGAGCUCCCUAAGCAUUGCAACCUCCCCGGCGACACCACUGCUUGCAACGCACUUGCUGAUGCUCCAGGAUCCUCAUCUCUCCCUCCUCCAGCGACACCCGGUGGCAACGGCGGUAACGGUGCUGGUGCACUCACACAGAUGGGGAUGCCGGCUCUUCUUCUGGCCUCAGCUUUCACUUUCUUCUAUUAGUUGAAGAAAUCGAGAUAUAUACCCAUUUCUAUCUAUGAUUUAUUUUGUUUUGAUGGUAGAGGUUAAUAAGUUUGGAUGUUGUUGCUAUUGCUACACUGCGUUAUUUUUAUUUAUCUCAUGGGUUAAUAAAUAUUCGGCAUAUUAUUUCCGAUUUGGA